CUGAACUGAGUCUAGUGCAGUAUGCAGACACGUAAACAGGCAAAUACAAUACCGCGUGAUAGAGCUGUAAUGGGGAAAUGCAGGAAAGGGAUGUCCAGGAAGACUUCCAGGAAAAAGAAGCAUCUUCGUUGAGACCAGAAGAAUGAGUAGGAAUCAAACAUAUGUGGGAAGGUGAGAAAGGGAAGAUUAUUCCAGGCAGAGGAAACAGCAAGUACAAGGCAGGGGAGGAAAGGCAGCUAGGUGUGGUGGAGAAACUGAAAGAAAUGUGGGGGCUGGAGAGCAGAGAGUGAGUUCGAGGAGCACUCAAGACACGGUGGAGAGAAGUAUGCAGGACCCAGAUGCUGAACAGUCUAGAAAGCCUCAGUAUGGUUUGGGGGUUUGUCCUGAGGACAACAGAAUGACUUUGAGUGUUUAAAGCAGGGUGAUGGUUUGAUCAGAUUUGCUCUUUGUAAAGAUCACUUGAGAGCUCCGUCGAGAAUGGUUUGGAGGGAAGUAGGAGUGUCCGCAGUGGAACCAGUUAGGUCAGUGUAGACAUCCGGGAUGGACGUUGUUAAUGGACUAGAGAGGGGGCGACGAACAUCAAGAACGGGGGAUGAACAUGAGAGAUCCUGUAUUUAAGGGGAUAGCAUUUACAGGACUUGGCAAUGGAUUGGAUGCGACGUGUGAGGGAGGAAUCAGCCAUGACCGCCAGGUUUCUGACUUGAAGGAGUCAUUCACUGAGACUGGUGACACAGGAGGUGAGGUGUAGGGGAAAGAGAAGAUGGCACAAGGAAUACUGAUAUUUAAGAAACAGAAAGAUUAAGAAGGUGAAGGACCCCCAUUUGGGCUGAGCGGGGCUUGCUGUGCUGGGCACGGAGCCUCGCAUGCCUCCUCCUCCGCCUCCUCGGCCUCCUCCACCUGUUCCUCUGCCUCAGCGCCCACGCGGCCAGCUAGCUUGAUAACCAACACAAGGACAGAGACCCCUCUCGGCGCUCAGCCCGAGCUCUGCGCAUGCCCAGUGGGUGCCGUGGGCCGAGCCUGCGCAGUUCGGGGAAUUCGGGCCCUAGGGAUCCCCGCUUGCGCCACGCCAGGAGAGCCGCGGCGCCAGCAGCGGUACCUUUCCGCGCGUCCCGCCGCCCCUCACUCCCGCCCCUUCCGUGUUUUGGUCGCGCACGGGUUCCGUCAGUCGCAGGGGCGAUUGGUUGUUAGAGGGAUCCGAGAGCGGCGAUUGGCUGUCGUUGGCCGUCGCUCAAGCGCCCUCCCGGAGAUGGUGCGAGGUGGGAGGAGAGCAGGAGAGACCCCGGAGCAGACUGAUCGACGGUAAGCUGCGGGUUGCGGGCUUGGCCGGGCAGCUUCGGGCUGGGCUUUGGGCUGGCUGCCGAGGCCAGGCUCUUCCCCGGUCGCUUAGGCGAGGCUCGCUCUUGCUGUUCGGCCACGCUGGUUUGCCUGGUGCCUGCAGCGCCUUGCCCCCAACAUCGACUCGAACCUCCCGUCUGGGGCUUCGCUGCCGCUGAGACACGGUCGCCGCCACGCCUUGGGGGAAGCCUGCGGGGCUGAGAGGGAGAGGUUUACCCGCCGGAACGGUCUCCUUCCUUCUCUCCGAAUUCUACUUGUGCUCCAGGGGCCGGUCCUCACCGCUUAGGGGUGAAGGCCAUGCCGCCCCCUGGGAAAGUUCCUCGAAAGGAGAACCUGGGGCUACAGUGUGAGUGGGGGUCCUGCUCCUUUGUGUGCUCUGCCAUGGAGGAGUUCUGCGAGCACGUCACUCAUCACCUGCAGCAGCACCUGCAGGGCUCCGGGGAGGAGGAGGAGGAGGAGGAGGAGGAGGACCCGCUGGAGGAAGAAUUCUCCUGCUUGUGGCAGGAGUGCGGCUUUUGUUCUCUGGACAGUUCGGCUGAUCUCGUGCGCCAUGUCUACUUCCACUGCUACCACACCAAGCUGAAACAGUGCGGGCUGCAGGCCCUGCAGAGCCAGGCCGACCUCAGCCCCUGCGUCCUGGACUUCCAGAGCCGCAACCUCAUCCCUGACAUCCCUGACCACUUCCUGUGUCUGUGGGAGCACUGUGAGAGCUCCUUCGACAAUCCCGAGUGGUUCUAUCGGCAUGUGGAAGCGCACAGCCUGUGCUGUGAAUACCAGGCAGUCGGCAAGGACAACCACGUGGUGCUGUGUGGCUGGAAAGGCUGUACGUGCACCUUCAAGGACCGCUUUAAGCUUCGAGAGCACCUCCGUAGCCAUACCCAGGAGAAGGUGGUGGCCUGCCCCACCUGCGGGGGCAUGUUUGCCAACAACACCAAGUUCUUAGAUCACAUUCGUCGCCAGACCUCAUUGGAUCAGCAACACUUCCAGUGCUCUCACUGUUCCAAGAGAUUUGCCACGGAGCGGCUGCUGCGGGACCACAUGCGUAACCAUGUGAACCACUACAAGUGCCCUCUGUGCGACAUGACCUGCCCACUGCCAUCCUCUCUCCGAAACCACAUGCGCUUUCGCCACAGCGAGGACCGGCCCUUUAAAUGUGACUAUUGUGACUACAGCUGCAAGAAUCUGAUCGACCUCCGGAAGCACCUGGAUACCCAUAGCAAGGAGCCAGCCUACAGGUGUGAUUUCGAGAACUGCACCUUCAGUGCCCGGUCACUCUGCUCUAUCAAGUCCCAUUACCGAAAAGUGCAUGAAGGAGACUCAGAGCCAAGGUAUAGAUGCCACGUGUGUGACAAAUGCUUCACGAGGGGCAACAACCUCACCGUGCACCUUCGCAAGAAACACCAGUUCAAGUGGCCCUCAGGGCACCCCCGUUUUCGGUACAAGGAGCAUGAAGACGGCUACAUGCGUCUGCAGCUGGUUCGCUAUGAGAGUGUAGAGCUGACACAGCAACUGCUGCGGCAGCCCCCAGAGGGAUCGGGCCUGGGAGCAUCACUGAAUGAGAGCAGCCUGCAGGGCAUCAUUCUAGAAACAGUGCCAGGGGAGCCAGGACCCCAGGAAGAGGCUGAAGAGGAAGAGGAAGGUGGGGGUGGUGAGGGGACAGCCCUCUCGGCCUCUCAGGACACUUCUAGCCCUGUCAUCCACGUGGUGAAUCAGACCAGCGCCCAAGGUGAGCGAGAGAUUGUCUACUAUGUGCUGUCCGAAGCCCCGGGAGAGCCACCCCCAGCCUCUGAGCCCCCCUCCGGGGGCGUCAUGGAAGAACUUCAGGGAGUAGCUGAGGAGCCAGAAGUCCAGAUGGUAUGAAGGCUGCAGACCCUGACCAUUGCUACCCCAGACCCUGGGGUUUGAACCGGGCUGGUGGCAGUGCCCCUAGUGGGCAGCCCUUGCCAAUGGAUGCCUUUAGGAGUGGUGCUGAGAGCAGUGCGGUCCACUCUGGACCCGGCUUGCAUCAUUCGGCAGACUGAGGGACUUCCCUUUUUUGCCAGACCACAUUUUGUGGGGAUCCUGAGGAGUUUGGAUUCUUUGUGGGGGGCACCCUGGUUGUGUGUGUGUUCUUGUAGAGGGGGCUAGUGUCAGGCUUAACCCUAACCCCCAGACGUGCUGGAAGAGUGAUUAAAAUCCAUAGUCAGCUCACAUCCAUUCCUGUCUUUAGGCCCAGGGAUGACAUGUAACUGAUCCCUUGCAAGGGCCCUUUCCUCACAACCAGCCAAGGCAUUUCCCUCUAAAUGGUUCCUCCUAUAAACCCCAAGGACUUUCAUGGUCAUCCUCAGGGAUGGGAUUGAAGGCACUGAGUAUGUGCGUAACAAUUGUUUUUGGUAAUAAAAGAAACGCUUGGGCCGUUA